AUGAAAGAAACUGAAAUUAAAAAGCUAGGCAAUUAUAGCAUUCUCGAUAAAACAUUGGGGAAAGGCCACUUUGGUUAUGUGAAACUUGCUGUGCACACGCUUACCAACAUCAAGGUUGCAAUCAAAAUCACAGAAGUUCAUGGGGAGAAGGCUUCCAUCAUCCGACGUAACUGUUAUAGGGAGGUGUUGUCUCUAAACCAGUUAGAUCAUCCGUGUAUCAUCAAAAUUCACGAGAUAUUUAAAACUACAAACAUUUACUAUCUGGUCAUGGAGUAUGUAGACGGUGGAAGCUUGCUGUCGUUCAUACGCGAGACUCCCGGGAGUAAAUUAACGGAAAAUGAUUCCAGGUGGUAUUUUCAACAAAUGGUUUCUGCUAUCGAUUAUCUUCAUCGUCGGCAUAUCGUUCACAGGGAUUUAAAGAUGGAGAACAUUUUACUUCAUGGCAUGGACAAAAAAUUUAUAAAGUUGAUUGAUUUUGGUUUUAGCAACAUCUUUUCCAAGGAUGAUUUUCUAAGCACGAGAUGUGGAUCACCGGAAUAUGCUGCUCCGGAACUUUUCAGUCGGGAUUCUAAAUACACCACAGAAGUUGAUGUGUGGAGUUUAGGUAUAAUCUUGUAUGGAAUGGCAAUAGGAUCGCUGCCUUUCAGGCAAGUAACAAAGAGUUACGGACACUAA